CUGGAAGCUCCUGCCUGGUUUUGCCCAGUGCGGGUGUCUCUCCAUGGCAUUCCCACAGUGAUCCCGUUAUCCCGGGAGCAGAUGCCGGGUGGGAAGCAGUGCCUGCCUGCAGAUCAAGUUGCUGCUGCCAACUCUCGCGAGCUUUAUGUCAGAAACACUUGAUUAUAAUGUCAGCACUGGCCAAUUUACGGGCUUAAAGCAGCAGCUGCACGACUGCGUUUCCCUGAGGUACCCAAAGAUCCCGACUCCUAAAAACUUUUGUAGCUCUUGUAAUAGAAGUGGGGCAUCAUGAUUUGGACAAAUGGCCCAAGUCUCUCUACCAGGUUUCUGAUGUGGUUUCUUCUCCUGUACAUGUUCAUCAGGAAGGUGGUGCCUGAAGACAACAUCAUAACAACCACGAAAGGCAGAGUCAGAGGGACAAACCUGCAGGUCCUGGGGGGAACUGUGACAGCCUUCCUUGGAAUACCUUAUGGACAGCCACCCAUGGGCAGACUGAGGUUUCGAAAGCCAGAACCUCGGGAGAAGUGGUCGGAUGUUUGGGACGCCACAAAACACGCCAACUCCUGUUACCAGCAUAUAGAUACAGCUUACCCGGGGUUUGCUGGAUCAGAGAUGUGGAACCCAAAAACUAACCUGAGUGAAGACUGCUUGUACCUUAACGUGUGGGUUCCUUCUCCCAAGCCCAAGAAUGCAAGUGUCAUGGUGUGGAUUUACGGCGGCGGCUUCGAGUCUGGGUCCACUGCCCUGCCGGUCUACGACGGCAAGUUUCUGGCCAGGGUAGAAAGAGUUGUUGUGGUUUCCAUGAACUACAGGGUCGCUGCGUUAGGAUUUUUGGCUUUACCAGGAAACCUAGAAGCUCCUGGAAAUGCAGGUUUGUUUGAUCAAAGGUUGGCCCUUCAGUGGGUACAGGAGAACAUAGCAGCCUUUGGAGGCAACCCAAAAAGCGUGACGAUAUUUGGGGAGAGUGCUGGCUCAGCCUCUGUCAACUACCACCUCCUGUCCCCCAAAAGCCAUCCUUUAUUCACCAGAGCCAUCAUGCAGAGUGGAUCUGCCAAUGCUCCUUGGGCUGCAAUCACAGCAACUGAAGCCAGAAACAGAACAGUGGCUUUAGCUAAACAGCUCCAGUGUCCCACCAGCAACGAGACAGAGCUAAUUCUCUGCCUCCAAGACAAGGACCCGAAGGAAAUACUGGAGAAUGAAAUUUUUGCUGUUCCAGGUGGCUCUUUUCUGCAAGUAUAUUUUUGUCCAACGGUGGAUGGCAAUUUUCUCUUAGACAUGCCAGAAAAAUUGAUUGAGAAGGGCCUUUUCAAACAAACACAGAUCUUAGUGGGUGUUAACAAAGAUGAAGGGUCAGGAUUUCUAGCAUAUGGAGUCCCUGGCUUCAGCAAGGAUAGUGAUGGCUUGGUCAAUAAAACCCAGUUUGAGACAGCCUUGACUCUGGCCUUCCCAGGAGUGAGCAAACUUGCAAUAGAAUCCAUAAUCUUUCAGUACACGGACUGGGAAAACGAGCACAAGCCAGAGCACUACUGUGAUGCCGCGGACGACGCCGUCGGGGACUACAACAUAAUCUGUCCUGUCAUGGAAUUCUGCACAAAAUUCGCCCAGCUGGGAAACAACGUGUUCUUCUACUUUUUUGAACAUCGAUCCUCCAAGCUCCCCUGGCCCGAGUGGAUGGGAGUGAUGCAUGGCUACGAGAUUGAGUUUGUGUUUGGGUUGCCCCUGGAGAGAAAGGUGAAUUACACCAAAGCUGAGGAAAUCUUGAGCCGCUCCAUGAUGAGAGACUGGGCAACUUUUGCCAAAACUGGAGCUCCUAAUGGGACCCUGAUUGAUGGAAUAAGAUGGCCAGCCUUCACCAGCACUGAACAGAAAUAUUUGACACUAAACACCAGCAUUCCAGAGAUCCUGACGAAACUACGGGCUCAGCAGUGUCGAUUCUGGAAAUAUUUUUUCCCCAAAGUCCUGGAAAUGACAGGAAAUAUUGAUGAAGCAGAACGAGAGUGGAAAGCAGGAUUCCAUCGCUGGAACAAUUACAUGUCAGACUGGAAAAAUCAAUUUAAUGAUUACACCAGCAAGAAGGAGCUGUGCAAGCUCUAAUUAAUAUGUUUACCCUUUGCAGUGUGUCCAUAGAACUGUUCAUCAGGCAAGAUCCAGGUAGCUUUGUACCACGUCUGGCAUUAAUGUGUUCUGCAGAUUAAAAACAGUGUUACAGAUAUAAUUUGAUUCCUCAGAUCUUUCAUUUAGAUUUUACCUCCUAUCUCAAUAAACAGUGUAUGGCAUCUGUACCCUUUGAAGCUUCACUGGGUUAAAUAGGACUGUAAAGUCUGAAGAUUAAUGAUGUACAUGUUAUAUAAUAUCAGCUGCUUGAAUUCACACUUCAAAGAAACAAUGUAAUCUGUUAGAGAAAAAUGGAUUUUUUUUAAUAGAAAUAGCAGUGGUUACAGUGUUACCAUGCAAAACACAGCUGGGUUUGAUCUUUAACUGAAACACCACCACACUUAAAUCUUCUUUCAGACAUAACUGAAUUGCCACAACAUAAAGGUACAAUAACUUUGCUGGACACACAAAAUGAUAUUUGUUUGUUGGACAAAAAAGUUUUAGGGCUGCCAUUAGAGCGUGAAUCACUUCCUUCACGGCCAAAUUUGUAGGACAAAGCCACGGUGGGAGAGGAUUCAAACUAUGUAUUGAAAGGCUAAAUCAUCAGCAAGCUGUGUGUGAGUGCUGGGGUGAAACAAGGCAGAAAACCAAACACCUCUGCUUCCCCCAUCCUCGUUUUUCAAGGAGUGAGGAACUACAGACUCACAAGUGGUGAACUCACAGCUUUGCCUUGCUCAGGCACCCACUGACUUCACCUGGUAAAAGUCUCUCCUGUGGAGAUAAGCUCCAGUCAUGACAUUUUUUGUCCACUGAGUUGCCUCCUCGUCGAGGGACAGCCCCAUGGAACAUGACAGAACAGGUGGUGGCAGGUUCAGAGAGUCACAGAACGUGCUGAGUUCAAAGGGACCCACAAGAACCCACAAGGAUCGAGUCCAACCCCUGGCCCUGCACAGGAACAUCCCCACGGAUCACAGGAAGAAAUUGUCCAAAUACUUCACCCAAAUGGUUCAUCAAGACCAGACAUGAGAGCCAUGCUCAGCCAGGAGCGGACCUUGCCAAAAACUCCUCUUGGAGAGGGUUGGGAAGGGCAUCACUGCAGAGGAACAUUGUGCCCUUGGUGGGAAGGACCCAGCUCUGAGCUCUACCUGCCACCUCCCAGACCCCUUUCUGCCCACCUGAGCUGAACCUAUGAGAAGCUUCUAAAAAAAAAA